UUGAAUCUAGAUAUUUUACCAAAGUGCAGCUCCUUAUCCCUUGGCAACGACAUCAAUUACAGUUAAAACUGUGAAUUUGACAUUGUGAACCUCAACUUGGAACGACCUCAAGAAGCAUGGCAGUAUAUCACCGUGUCCGUUAAAUAAAGCAAUCAACAUCAUGACUCUUCGCUAUCGCCCAAUCCCUCUUCGCCCAAUCCUUCCUCCUUAUCUCUCACUUUCAACCCAUUUGCCCAUUAAUCGAACUCCUGCCGUCCCUUUUUAUCGCGACUCCAAGCAUACUGUGCCCACCAAAUGGAGUCUCUAUAGGUCACUUCUUCGGUUUUCCAAGUCCUCCAAACCAGGGUAUCCAGCCCAUUACCCGGAAAUUAGAAAUGAGAUCAAAAGACUUUGGAAGAAGCACAAGAGCUUGACGUCUAUCCCCAGAGUGCAGCAGUUCCUCAAUGGGCAGUACGAUAUCCUGUCUGCGUUUCAAUUAGGCGAAAGUUCCAAGCUGAGUGAACUAGAGUCUCGCUUGGAAAACAAGCGUGUCCUACGGGAUCUCUCCAAAUCCCGAGACAGAGCAGACCAAGCUUCUCAACCCGACAGCAAACCUCCUCGAUUGACGGGAGGAUAUCUGCGUCCCACGUUGUUCAACCCCCCUCUUCCUCGUCUCAAACCUCAACCCAUUGGGCUUUCAAUGAUGAUUCACAAUAGAUUACGAAAGAGAGAGCGAAGAAUGGAAAAGCGCCGAGUAUAUGCGUCCUUGAGAACUGAUCUCAAACUUGAAGUCGCCUUCUGGAGGGCAACUGAGGGCAACGACACGGAUUGGUCAAGGCGGAAAGAUGAGAGGUCACAUUUUGGCUGGGAUAAGCUCUUACGGGAAGAAAUAAUUUUGAUGGAUAAAAGAUUCAUAAAGGAGAACAUGAGGUCAGACAUGGUUUAUGACAGCAAUAUGAUGAGAAGAGUAGAGAGAGCAAAGACCAGAAAAUUGGUGUGGUGGAAAGGAAAGAAAGAGGAGGCAACAUCGGCGAAGCGCGAAAAAGGCAUGGAACAAUGCAACGUGACAUCCAAUCAGCCAUAAGGGCCCGGCCCACAGCGGCGAGGAUCUCAGGCGAGGGAUCCUGAUCCUGUGCCUCCUCAGCACUCACAUCAUCUGCUUCCUCUGCUCCAUUUUCUGCAUCGCUGCCCUCCUCCGAAUCAUAUUCCCCCAAUGCAAGAAGCCCUUGAUUGCUUUCAGACUUUAACCUCUUGGUACCAUUAUGUUGGACCUUCCCUUCUGCGACUUCGUUCAAUCUUCUCUUUGCUCCCCAACCGGAGUCUCGCUCUCUGCCGGAGACUUGAGAUAUCGCUUCUAUCUCAGUAAUGAUAGCUUCCCCCUUAUCCACCAUCUCUUCCCAAUUCUCUCUUGCCAUCAACUGUAUCUCAGGGAACUCUACCCAUGCUGAGCCUUUCAGCACAUCUUUGAGCGGUUUAUUGGCAUCGAGUGGAGGGUAAAAGAUCUUUUGAUUGGGUUGAUGGGAGGGUGCAGGUCUGAAAGGCGUUGAGUGGAAAGGUUGGCAAAACCGAAUCUCAGACAAGGGGAUGGUUAAAGAUGGUAAUAAGGAGGAGAUAGUGGGCAGAGAUUCGGCUUCACGAGCAUGGAAAAGAACACGGGGAUGAGUGAUAGUCUUGAAGGAUGUCGAGGUGAUAAUUGUAGAAUCGGGAGAAGGCAGGAUGAGAUUGCUUGGUAUAAUGAGGUGAACUGUGAGGUGUAGCUGUUCUGUUCUAUAUUAAAGUAGUGCGUCAGUCAAGAUACAGCGUAUAAUUAUUGAAAGGGACAGACUUGGGGUUCCAACUCGACUGAUUCGUCUUCUUUCUGCCCAUACCUUCUGGCAUGAAUUCCGCCCUGCAGCCAUACCUCUCAAGUUCCCUUCUUAAUCCAUCGGUCUUACUUCGCCGUUGGCCCUUGGGGGCUCUGGAUCCUCUGCCUCGUCCUCGAGAGCUGACAACUCCGCCGUUGACCUCCUCAAUUUUGAUACCCUUGCCCCAUCCUGCGAUUUGACGCCUCCCUUCUUCCAGCAAAGUGUAAUCACUGGACCAUACUCCUUGGCCAUACUGAUUCAGCGGCACAAAUUUCGCGGGAUCGCGAAUGCCUGAGCAUGAAUCACGGCUCUUAUGAAUUUGAGAGCAGUUGAGAGAACAUGAGCGAGCAGAGCAGCGAGGGCAAGUGUAUUUUGCAG